GAUGUUUUAGUAUUCGAUCAGAAAUUGUAGUUCCGAGACCUUCCAAUAAUUUUUUCCAAUUUCAUUUUUUUUUGGCUACAAAAUUAAAAGUACAUAAUUUUUGUUGUGCUUGAAUCUGCCUGCCCACAAUAAAUUGAAUUGUCAUUAUGGAUUAUGUUAAUAAUUAUGCGCAAAUCGGAGGCUACGGCAUGUGCAUGCCGCCACCGCAGCUUUAUUAUCCCGAGAUGAAUGGCGGCAAAGGCUAUGAGCAGGGAUCGGCAAUGGAUGUGUUGAAUCCGCGUUACGAGAGCAGUUACUAUAAGGAUGAAAGAAAGCGCAAUUAUUACGAUGGCGGAGAUUAUAAUCAAGGCGGCGGACACAAAGCCGAACCCAUUGAUCUAAAUCAUUUCUACGAUGGCGGCGAUUUCAAGCAUCCGAGCGAUCGAGAUAACAGACACGAUGUCGACUAUGGAUCGCAGCAUUAUUUUGCAAACAGUCCUUCUGCCUAUCGUCGCUAUGCUCAAGAGAAUCGUCGUUGCAAGGAGAUGCAUGCUAGGAAUGGUCUUUACUCGCCCAGGGAUAGCUCUUACAGGCAUAAUACUUAUCCCAACUAUAGCGAUGACAUUACCCGAGGGAGCUCGGGGAACUCUUAUUGGCAGUGAUCACAUUACAAUACAUAAUAAUCUUACUUAUUGAAUAGACGUGUAGUAUAUAUUUAUAGUAUACAAAGUCAUGCUCGUUGUACUUGGUCAUGUUGGGUUUAACUAUUCGUUCUAUAUGUAUUGCCGCUGACGCUAUCCCUAUACGAUAUCAGAUUCAACGGAUAUGGAGCCAGAAUUUUGCUGUAACAGAUUAACAAUAUAUACAAUUGCAUUUCGAUUGACAAAUUUGAGAAAGUGAAAUUAACUGCAGACGGAAGCCCACUUCUGAAAUUUUGUGAAUAUUAUCAGAUGACUUAACUGCUUGUACGCAAGCUCAGUUCUUUUUGGUUUUAUCGAAUAAAAAUAGAGUUCAGAA